AUGCAGACCAGUAAUUCCACAUUUCCCCGGCUUCUUGCGAGGUUUCAAGGCUGCGAGGACGGUGAUUGCGUGGUGAAAUGUCGGGGUGCAGAGUUCAAGGUCCACCGGAGCACUCUGCGCGAGCAUUCCCCGAUCCUCGACGCAUACAUUGCUUGCUGCGAUAAGAAGGACGAGAAAGUGGUUUUGGAGCUUCACAAUUUCAGCGUGCAGACUGUCCAAGCAUUGCUGGAGUUUAUGUAUUGCGCCAACUAUUCACUCGGCCGGGAUACCAUCAAAGACCUGGAACCCGAAUGCGGAUCAGGACCGGAAGUAAUGGGGACCGGAGCAUAUUGGGAUGCUGUAACCGCCAUUGGACAAAAGAAUCUUCUAGCCGCUUGCAAAUUUCACAUUAGAGUGGGAAUCGCCGCGCGAUACUACCAGAUGAACUCCCUCGACGAUCUCUCCGGACGGAAAUUCGAGUCCUCCUUGUCUGGGGUUCAAGUCGACGGCUUGGCUGUAGUGGUACAGAACGCUGAUCGACUGAUAGUUGACGUGGAGACGCAGCGCAUGGUUGCUGGAGCAGUUGCAGGAGCAAUUCAGAAGGAGGACAACAAGCAUCAUCUCGAGAAUCUCAAGAUGACGAAGGGAUUCAGAGGACUAGUUGCUGAGCACCUCGAGUGUUGGCGGAAAGCUGAUGAAGCCGUCUUAAAGAGGCUGCGGGAACCUCGGUCAGCAAGCGAACGGCGGCAGUACCGCUAUGAACACCGGCACUCUCUGGACAGGUGA